GAUGUGCAAACUCUGCUGGAUUUCUGCCACACAUAACACCUCUCAUGCUAGCAUGUAUUCUCAAUAACUUUGCUAUAGUACAAUGCUUAUUACUUAGAAAUCACACCCUUGACGUCCCUCACCAUCUUAUGUGUAAGUUUGCCAAAUACUACAAAAUUGUUUCGCUUCAAG